UAAUGGAAGGAAACGAGGCGGAAUGUUCCGUCACACAGAUGAGUUACAUUUCGGAGAUGCGUGCGCACUCUCAGUGCCCAUGUGGACUAGGUUGUUCUAGUAGGCUAUGCAAAGUCUUCCUCGCGUUCUCCCUCUUGUGGACGCAAGGAAUUGUGAUUGGCCCUGGAAGUGCCACGGUGGCCUUACGGCGUUCGGUAUCGGGAUAGCCAGUUUAUCGUCGCUGAAUGUGUAAAUAAAUCGCGAAAGAGUGUCGAGACAAGUGAAAUAUAUGUCACUUAUUUUUCUCUGAAGGUCACUGUAUGAAGUCAACAAUCUGGAUCGCAGCGGCAACAACAGAAAGAAGAUAGAGGAAUUCUCUAAGUCUUCUCGUGAAAAAUUGAUCCAGUCAAAGAACAAAAUGUUCUCCAAAUUCACAUCUAUUCUCCAACAUGCAGUUGAGGCGCUUGCACCGUCACUGCCCUUGCAGGAAGAUUUUGUCUAUCAUUGGAAGGCAAUAACUCAUUACUACAUAGAAACUUCAGAUGACAAAGCCCCAGUUACAGACACAAAUAUCCCAUCCCACCUGGAACAGAUGCUGGACAUUCUGAUCCAGGAGGAAGGGGAGCAUGAGUCUGGUGAGACGGGGCCUUGCAUGGAGUAUCUACUGCACCACAAGAUACUGGAGACCCUCUACACUCUGGGCAAAGCGGAUUGUCCCCCAGGGAUGAAGCAGCAGGUGUUGUGCUUCUACACCAAACUGCUGGGCCGGAUCCGCCAGCCCCUCCUACCACACAUCAACGUGCACAGGCCUGUACAGAAACUUAUACGGCUUUGUGGAGAGGUGUUAGCCGCACCCACUGAAAAUGAGGAGAUCCAGUUCCUUUGCAUAGUCUGUGCGAAACUCAAACAGGACCCCUACCUUGUCAACUUCUUCCUAGAGAAUAAGGUCAAGCGGGCAGAGACGAAAGAAGCAGUGGCAGAGGGGGUGAAGGACGACCCGUCUGCCCCAGAUACGGGCCAAAACGCCCUGGGGGCCACAUCGCCCUCUAGCCCAGAGGAGCUGGCUGCAACGGCAGGCAGCUCAGCUGCACCCAAUAACAACAACAGCAACAGCAACUAUAACCUGGUCAGCUCGCUUCUCAACCUCACCAAGAGCCCGGACGGCCGCAUCGUAGUGAAGGCCUGCGAGGGCCUCAUGCUGCUCGUCAGCUUGCCGGAGCCGGCGGCCACCAAAUGCCUGACGGAGAGCACGGAGCUGUGCGAGCUGCUCACCAGCAGACUGGCCUCCUUCUACCAGGCACUGCCCCAGUCCAUGGACCCCCUGGACAUCGAGACAGUGGAGUCUGUCAACUGGGGUUUGGACGUAUAUAACGUUAAGGAGGAUGCUGCUGUCUUUGCCGGAAAGCGUGCACUCAUCUCGUUUCUCUCCUGGCUGGACUACUGUGACCAGCUCAUCAAAGAGGCCCAGAAGUCUGCGGCAGCUGCCCUUGCCAAAGCUGUGAGAGAGAGCUUCUUCGUCUCUGUCAUGGAGCCACAGCUGAUGCAAACCUCUGAGGUGGGCAUCCUGACGUCCACGGCGCUGCUGAGCAGGAUCAUCCGCGGGGUGAGCUCCGAGGCGCUGCUCCUGGAGACGGUCUUCUUUAUCCUGGGAGAGGACACGGCGCCCGAGACGCCAGCAGGGAUGGCUCUGGUCCCCCUCAGGCACCGGCUCAUAGAGCACUGCGACCACCUCUCAGACGAGAUCAGCAUCAUGACGCUACGGCUGUUUGAGCAGCUUCUGCAGAAGCCGAGCCAGCACAUCCUGCAUAGCCUGGUGCUGCGCGGCCUGGAGGAGCGCAACUACGCCGAGCACAAGCCCCAGGAGGAGCGUGAGCCCCUGGAGAACGGACAGCCACACGACUCUGUAGACCUGGAGGAGGACCCGUUGUUUUCAGAUCUCUCUCCAGAUAACCGUCUCUCCAAUCCUGAUUGGCUUAGCUGCUCGCCACCGCAGAAUUCCGAACAUGCAAAGGCUGAUGGGAAGACGGAGGUGCACAAGAUAGUGAACAGCUUCCUGUGUUUGGUCCCGGAUGAAGCAAAGUCAUCCUACCAGGUUGAGGGCACGGGCUAUGAUACCUACCUGAGAGAUGCCCACCGACAGUUCCGGGACUACUGCAGCGUGUGCCAGAAGUGGGACUGGAGGAGCCAGCCCAAGCCCUUUGAGAAGUGCAACCUGGACAGCCCCUUCUUCGAGGGCCACUUCCUCAAGGUCCUGUUUGACAGGAUGGGACGUAUCUUAGACCAGCCGUACGAUGUGAACCUCCAGGUGACGUCGGUGCUGUCUAAGCUGGCCCUGCUGCCCCACCCACACCUGCAUGAGUACCUGCUGGACCCGUACAUUAACCUGGCCCCCGCCUGCCGAUCUCUCUUCGCCGUCAUUGUCCGGGUUGUGGGAGACCUUAUGCUGCGGAUUCACCGCAUCCCAGACUUCACACCCAAACUCUUACUGGUCAGGAAGAGACUGCUGGGAAUGGAACCGGAGGGCUUGGCCAUCGACCACAUGACUCUGCUUGAGGGCGUCAUCGUACUGGAGGAGUUCUGCAAGGAGCUGGCGGCCAUCGCCUUCGUCAAGUUCCACGCCGCCGCCGCCUCCACCUCGCCGUGACACGCCGCAACACCACGCGACACGACAGCAGGGGUGGACAACAGCCGACAAAAACGGUGUUCAGACUCGAGGGGGAAGACGAUAGAACACUGAACUCCAGUCAAACCCCUCUUUUGAAUGACCACCACCACUGGACACCUACUCAUAUCAUAUCAGUCCCCUCACCACCAGGCUCUACCCCCAUCUCACCAGAGGAGAACCAGCCACUGUUGCAGGAAGCUGUCCUGAAUGAUGCUGCACCCGGAGGUAAAACAAAAAAAAAGACCAUUUGGACCGUAGAACGGUGCAGAACAUGGUGCACUGUAUUUCUCUCUCUCUCUCUUUCGCUCUCCUUUUCAACUCAUCACUCAGAAGAGCCAUGCAUUGUUCCAAAACACAGAGCACUGCAUUCCCUUGCCCCCCCCUCUCAUACUCUUCCUCAUUUAUCACGCAAAACCAUAUGGUAUUCCUCAGUAUUUGUUUUUUAAUUGUGUGUGCUGUUUAAGUUAUUUGGGUUCUCCGCAUCUACAUCAGUGACUUUAACAAACUGUUUAUUAUUUGGUGUGACUGGCUAAUACAAGCAUGGUCAUGUAGUAGAUUAUACGUUAAGGAACUUUAAGGGUUAGAGUUCCACAUUUUUGUUUGCCACAUUCGUUUAGCUGAAACAAGUGAAAUAGUUAAUAUAUACAUAUAUAUAUUCAUAAAUCUGACGGGAUUGUAACGUGGAAAAUGAUGGCCAAACAGAAAUGAUUUUUUUUAAAUUCAUGACGACUUCCUUUCUUAAUACCUUUUGAAAUGUACUUUUCUUAAGUUAGUGUGUCGCACCAAGUCAGCAUUUGUCCAUGUUUUAACGGAACAUGUGUUUUUAGACAACAAGUCUCAUGGAGCAGCACAUGAGCUACCUACACUUGAACUGGUUACACAGGUAAUCCUGUGGCAGUGUGUACAGACAGAACUGCUUGACUUCAUUCAUAUGAAAAGACUCCCUUUUCCGCUCCUGGAUAUCCAAGACAGUGUUUUAAAACCAUUUUAUGGUUUCUACUUCAUAUGUUUAUAUUUAUGUUUGUGUGUGUGUGUGUGUGUGUGCAUGUGUGCUAUGCGCCUUUUGAUUUGCUAGGUGUGUUUCUUAAAAGUUCAGACACGUUUUAUUUAUACAGAGGUGUUGGACAGUGAUUUGGAGGAUCUCUCCAUUUCAGCACUACAAUUGUAACCGCUAUUCACAUUCAGGGGCUCCCGUUCUUACAAGGCUGUGUUCCUAGGCUAAGCACCAGGGGGGGACAAAACCAUUAGAGAUCUCCUCCCGUCUAGUCCUUUCAGUUGAACUAGGAUCAGGUAAAUGAGUGAAUUGGUUGUAACGAAUAGGCCCUUUUUGAAAGCAUCUGACAAAAUUAAUUGGCGGCAAAACAAACCAAACAAAACGAAACAUGUAUACAUGUCUAUGGAGCAAACGGUCAUCUUAACCAUGGAACAACCGUUUUCUCUGAGAGUUUAAGGUUCAUUAACCAUUUUGAAUAAGGGUCUGUAUGUGGCAAGACUGCUACAAUCUCAACCCAAGAUGUCUGUCUCUUCUAAGCACAUCACAAUGAUGUGAUUACCUUGUUCCCCUUUUUAAAGUUGUCUCAUUUCAGAGGUUGCAUCCUUAAAAGACCUCGGUUGAUAGCCACUGGAUAGACUAGAGACUGCUGAGGCCUUUCAUGUACCCCAGUCACUGUAUAAAUGGAGCAGUGUUAUCAUACCGUGAUAAUACAUUUAGCCUGCAAAUGUUCAGCUUUGAGGGAUGCAUUUCCUGAAAUUACUAGGGUAUACCUCAAAACGGUUUCAUGCCACCUCAGCUGAUUCGUUCAGGCUAACUGUGUAGUCUUGUAGGUAACCAUCUCUCUCCUCCAUAGAAGUGGCUUUUUGACCCAAGCCAGAUUCAAUUUUGGCACUCUUUAUCAAAAGCUAACUUGCUUAAGCCUUUUAUUUAGUUCAGUAAAAUGUCUCAGUUUUUGUUAUGCAUCAUGUAUUUAACAAUGGUCUGUGGGAAUGCCAAGAAAGGCAUUUUUAUUGAAUUUGGGAAUGUGAGUUUUUGCACAUGCUAUUGAAUUCUUGUUUUUAGUUUGCCUGCCUACCAAGGUCCCGAGCAUGCUCACCCAGGGUCUUGGGGGUUUGAGCCACUGAAGACAUUGUCAUGUCCAUAGACAUUAAUGUAUCUAUGGUCUUGUCAACACGUCUCAGUAAUGAUGGCCUGAAAAGAUCUGAAUGUGUCUGUCCAUCUAUUGCUCAUUUUAAGAGCAAUACGUUCUUAACACACAAAUUCCUCUUCCACCUUUUAACGUGUUAUUUUGCCAGCUGUACCUCUGCUGUUAGAAACGGUAUAGGUGAAACCAUCAAGCUUAUAAUAGAAAAAGGAGAUGAUUUUCACUCUCCAUCUCAGAGCCCUAAAGUAACAUGACUUGAUUGCGUUGCCGUUUGUAUGCAAGGGUGAGACAUGUGGGACUGUGCCGCAAGUGUAUGAGAGUGAGUGUGUCUGUAAGGUAGAUAACUUGUAAGCAUGGUCGGUGCUUAGUUUUACUGGGUGGAGGACUCUCUAUUAAGGUCAGGUAUUAAAUAUAAAUUAUGGCUUGUUGCUGUUCAAGCAAGCUUUUGGGUUUUUUUUUGUCUUAGUAUUUUGAUUUACCCUUGCUCCUUUUAUGUCUCCUGCCUUAUAACCUAACUAAGCACACCAUGCUUGCAUUUACAAGGCUUAAGAAAAUUGCACAUUGUCAUUGUUCAUAUGUUCAAAGUGUAUAGUACAUUACCUUAAAUUUUAUUUUCUUCAUGAACCAAAAAAGAUGUACCAUUUAAGAGUGGCUGUCUGUGUGUGCGUGUGUUUGUCUUUUUUGUGAAAGAAAGAAAGAAAAAAAGAAAAAACAUUUUUUUAUUAAUCAUGCACAUUUUAUACCAAUGGACUUCUCAGAGCAUUCUUAACUUCUGUAUAUAAUGUUGUACAGUAGAAGUUGUGCUGUCUGGUGUAAGUUGCAUGCGCAUCCAUUUUGUUUGGGUGAGUUUCUAGGUAAAGCAAAGCAGCACCUCUCCCUCUCCAUCCAUUUGAGUAACUGACAUCUGCACUUUGUUUCUGAAUGGCCAUCGAGGACAUGACCAAUGCCUUACUUCAUAUGCAGUGGAGGAGGUGUGCGUAUGUGUGAGUGUGUGUGUGUGUGUGUGUGUGUGUGUGAGUGAGUGGGUGUGAGACGAUCUUUUUAAUGGAAAUAACAUCUCUACGGAGGUUGUUUACCCGCGUUCAUUCAAACCAGUCUCGCACCCGUGGUGUAAAUUUUUGACACCAUUUGACCAAGCAGCAUUUUUUGACACCAAGGGCAUACCUGUCGUGUUGCACGUCGAGUCGGCUAGAGCGAGCCCUUUCCCUAGUCAGUGACGUUAUGCUGAUGAGAGGGAUGCUGUCUGAGUCGGUCUCACAUCACUUUUUGACACCAAAGGCAUACCUGUGCCAUCAAAAAAUGCCAUCUCGUCAAAUGGUAUCAGAAAUUGACAGGUCAGGAUGAGACUGCAUAAUUAAUUUGGAUGUUCCAUCUCAAAAUAAGUUAUUCUCAACUGGUAGUGAACUUUGGUGUCCUUUUCUCUUUUAGUCAUCAUCAGUUUUGACCAACCACUGUUAAAAACAGAAUGGAAAUCUGGUAAGCAGUACACAUGAUGAUUGUGAUUGCUGUUUUCUAGUUCCUCUUGAGGGAGGACAUUGUCAGUCUUCUUUGGGGUGUAUCACUGCCACAUUUGACAUGAUUAUAUAAUGUAUGUUUUUAUUAACAGCAAAUAGAUUGCAUGUUAUACUUUUUUGGUUGCUCAAAAGUAGCAGGUCGUGGUAGGUCCACCUUGAGCAGACAUCAUUGGACAGAGACCAGUUCUUCAGGCAUAAGGAACACAUUGUCGAAGUUUCAUCUUGUCUGUUGAUAUGAAUAACAAAUCUGUAAAAUUUAAAGAUAAACCUCCACUUUUGUUUGUGAGAACCUUGGAAAAGAAAAUUUGCUUUCUUUAUCAGCUACCGUCCCAUUAAAAAGACUGCUUUCUUCAA